AUGGCGCCCUUGGGAGAUCUUACUAUAGAUCGAUCACAGGUUGACGACCUCAACCACCAAGCAAUCCUAAUCUGGACCGAGUUUCAUGUUUCCAAGGGACUAGAGCUGGAUAUCGAAUGGGCUGGACAUUUCCAGCCACUGCUUCGGGCCCCAGGGCACGAGGGUUCCGGGUAUGCAAGAGUGCAGGAGCGCCCGGAUACGAUUCUUCUAGUUACAGCAUGGGAGAGAGCCUCGGAUAUGAGGGCAUUUACGGCCUCGCCUUCCGCCCAGCUCUAUUGGGAGAACCUCGAGGCUAGAGGAAUCAGAGCUAUAUCCUCUCGAGAGACAUUUUCGCGGAGGAGCUCCGACUAUGUGGGCCCCCGCUGGUUUGAUACGUUAACCCGCUCUUAUGUAGAAUUGUUCUGGAUAUACUUUUCGACACCGGUGACUGAUACCUAA